CUUCAAAAUCACUUAGAGAACAUUCGCUACCAAAAGACUUUAUCCCAAGAGUUAAGCCCUUUUGCUCUUCAAAAGGGAAGUCAGGCUUCCAGCCAAGCUAACUGGAACACUGGGGCCCUCUGGUGGUCACACUGGGUCUUCACGUGCCAGUAGAUGUGGCUGCCCCGCCCCUUAACAGCAAGACCCAAUGGGAGCUUGGGUCCCCACCCCUGGGCAGUCACGUCCUAGUGAGUACUUAGAAUCCAGUCAGAAAAGCAAUUGGAGAAGCUCGGGGAGCUUAAAGAAGGGCUGAGGCCCCACCUCACAACUCAGACCAGAAGAGCAGGAGAAGCCAGCUGGGCAGGUGGAGCCAGCAUCGUACCUCUCAAGCCAUGGGCCACAGGGAACCACAACGGGCGAGGCUGUAGAGAAGUGGGUGAGUCCUGGAGCUGUGACUAGCACUGAGCCCCCCAUCUCUUCCCUGGUGGCCACUGCCAUGGCCUGGCUGGUGGUGCCAGGCAUAUUGCUGUGCAUGUUGGGUGCCGGGUUAAGCACCUCAGAUUUGGAGGCCGUUCUGCCCCCUGCUCUCCACAGCUGCCCCACUAAAUGCAUCUGUGCUGCCGAUGUGUUGAGCUGCGCGGGCCAUGGGUUACAGGAUGUGCCUGUAGCAUUACCUGGUACUGUUGCAGAACUUGAUCUGAGCCACAAUGCACUCAAACGCCUGCACCCUGGCUGGUUAGCAGCUCUCUCGCGGCUGCAUGCCCUGCACCUAGGCUACAAUAAAUUGGAUGUGCUGGGCCACGGUGUCUUUAACAAUGCCAGUGGCCUGAGGACACUUGAUUUGUCAUCUAAUAUGUUGAGGGUACUCCACACCCAUGACCUAGAUGGACUCGGGGGACUACAGAGAUUGCUUCUGUACAAUAACAAACUGGUGCAUUUGGACCCGGAUGCCUUCCAGGGCUUGAGUAUGCUCAGACACCUCUAUCUCAGCUGCAAUGAACUCACCUCUUUUUCUUUCGAUGACCUGCAUGGUCUGGGGACAACCCACCUGCGCACACUAGACCUAUCUUCCAACUGGCUGGGACACAUCUCCAUCUCCGGGUUGGCUGCACUGCCAGCUUUCCUCAAGAACGGGCUCUAUUUGCACAACAACCCCCUGACCUGUGACUGCCGCCUGUACCACCUGCUCCAGCGCUGGCAUCAGCGGGGCCUGAGUGCCCUGCGGGAUUUUGCACGUGAGUACACAUGCUUGGUCUUUAAGGUCUCGGAGUCCCGAGUGCGUUUCUUUGAGCACAGCCGGGUGUUUGAGAACUGCUCAGCUGCUGCAGCUCUAGGCUUAGAACUGCCUGAAAAGCAGCUGGACACACAGGCGGGACAGUCCCUGAGGCUCUACUGCAACACCAGCGUGCCUGCUGCACGAGUGGCCUGGGUCUCACCAAAAAAUGAGCUGCUUGUGGCACCAGGAUCUCAGGAUGGCAGCAUUGCUGUGCUGGCUGAUGGCAGCUUAGAGAUACGCAGGGUGCAAGAGCAACAUGCAGGCAUCUUUGUGUGCCUGGCAACUGGGCCCCGCCUGCACCACAACCAGACCCUUGAGUUCAACGUGAGUGUACAUAGACCUCGCCCCGAGCCAGAGGCUUUCAACACAGGCUUCACCACGUUGCUGGGCUGUGUCGUGGGUCUGGUGCUGGUGCUGCUCUACCUGUUUGCACCACCCUGUCGUGGCUGCUGUCACUGUUGCGGGCGGGCCUGCCACCACUGCUGUUGGCCCCGAGCACCCAGUCCACUCCAGGAGCUGAGUACACAGUCCUUAGUGCUCAGCACUACACCACCAGAUGCACCCAGCCGUAAGGCCAGUGUCCACAAGCAUGUGGUUUUCCUGGAGCCGGGCAAGAAAGGUCUCAAUGGCCGUGUGCAGCUAGCAGUAGCGGAAGACUUCGAUCUGUGUAACCCCAUGGAGUUGCAGCUCAAGGUUGGCUCUGAGUCGGCCAGUUCCACGGGCUCAGAGGGUCUCAUGAUGACCUAGACUGCCUGGGUGCCCCCUACACAAGCCAUAGACCUGCUGCUUGCUUGGUGUGCUGAUGCAGGCUAGAGACCUGACAGAUGCUGGUGGGAUGCACUGUGCCUGCUCCUACAACUGCAUGUGAGCCUCGACCUGGACUAUAAUUUUUCUGCUCACUGGUACAGGGGUCGAGGCAACCCUGCCACUUGCCUCCUGCUCUGCCUCAGACCACUAGAGCCUGCUUCUCCCAGGACCUCUAAGUGACCCUACGUCCCAUGAAGAUUAGGGACCAUAGACCAUUUUGGUAAGAACUCUUGCAUUAGAGCUCUGGGACCACCUCAGGAAUUGAUGCAGAUGUUACGGUGUAGUAUAGAAGUCAAGCAUACCACCUUCCCUUCCCUGCCAGGGAGCUCACCAAGAAGGGAGAAGGCAGCUCAGAAGAUCCAGCUCCCACUCUAGGACUGGAGGAAUAAAUGAGCCCUUCCUCUGCUGAAAGUACCCUAUUACCACCAUCCAGCCUCCGGAGAGCUCUAUAACUCCUGUGGAAUCUGGUAGGCAUGCACGCCUCUUUCAGGACACCCUGCAAGAGUAGCCCUGCUGUCUUCAGCCAAAGGUAGAGCCAAUCCCAAGAGCUCAUCACCCAGCAGGAAAAAGCCUGGUGAACACAACUAAUCUGGGCCUACUGUCCCUGGAGGGCAGAAGGCCUCUUAAGGACUGGCACUCAUUUCAGCCUAAUGGCUAAAGCAGUAUCCUGAAUUCAUAUGCCCCACUCCUAUAGACAGUUAGGGAGGAAGGUCGGAGCCCUUCCCAGGAGGAGCUGGCAGCCCUGUGUCCUAGACGACUAUUAAGGCAUUUUGUAAUAAAGGUGGUACAUUGCUGGG